GUACUAACUACUUUAUCACCAUCAUAGCCUGUUCUUGCUACCAUGCCAAUAAGUCGCCUGCUCUGCAUAGGAUGUAGUAUUCACCCACUACUGAAGUACUGACGAGUGGUCUGGGACAAACCAAUGACCACGAGAGGAUCCACAAGGUACACUGAUACUGGUCGAUCAGCUUUUGUUGUUCCCUUCGAUACCCGCAGUGAGCUUCCUUGCGACGUCUUUGGUUAUGUCCGGCCGACUAUGCCCGUCGUCCCCGCCGGAGCCUUGAACAACCCGGAUGAUACCCAUCAUUCCCACUGUUCUAGUGAUUCAGAACACCCCCACCACUGUCACCCCUGGCAGGUACACCGUCUACUAUGGCCCUGUGAUCAACCCCUACUCAUUGACCUACUUCGACGCCUUGCCCAACUGUGUGGUCGUCGUCGACGGCAAGGGGAACAUCGCGCAUCUGAUAGAAAAGCUGGAUGUCACUAGUCUCGAGCUUCAGAAGGUACUACUCACGCAGAUCGGUCUUCUCGAUGGCACCUUCACACUGGUCAUACUGGAACCCGGAGAAUUCAUCAUGCCAGGUUUCGUCGAUACUCAUAUCCAUGCCUGUCAAUUUCCCAAUCUAGGCCUCGGGAGCGAAUGUGAGCUACUGGAUUGGCUCAAGUACUACACAUUCCCUACCGAAAAAAAGUUUGCCGACAAGGAUUACGCUGCUCGUGUCUAUCCCGGUGUCGUGGAGCGGGUGAUCGCUUCUGGCACUACGACGUCCUGCUACUAUGGCACUUUGCAUUCCGAUGCCACCAUGCUACUUGCCGACAUCGUCCGUAGUAAAGGUCAACGCGCUUUUGUCGGUAAAUGUAACAUGGACAGGGCGCCUCAAUGUCCUCCAGACUACAUAGAGCCGUCUGCUCAAGUUUCUCUGGAGACCACAAAACGCCUCGUGGAACAUAUCCAGAAUCUUCCUCAGUCCCCUGCAGGCGAGCCUCUAGUUCACCCGGUCAUCACUCCUCGUUUCGCUAUGUCGUGCACGGAGGAGCUCCUCAUCAAUCUUGGAAACUACGCCAAGACUAAUCCCCAUAUUGCGAUCCAGACGCAUAUAUCAGAGAACCAGCAAGAAGUCAAGGACACCUUGAAAUUGUUCCCCGAUUGCAAAACUUAUGCUGGCGUGUACGACAAGUAUAAGCUCCUCCGCUACAAUACCAUCCUAGGUCACGGUGUUUACUUGACGGACGAAGAGAUGAAGCUCAUAGCGGAGAAAGGUGCUGGGGUCGCCCAUUGUCCAGCGAGUAACUUCUACUUAGGCAGCGGCAUGGCAAGAGUGAGGAAGCUCUUGGAACACGGUAUAAAGGUCGGUCUUGGCACUGACGUUAGUGGUGGCAACGAUCCGUCCAUCCUCUACACCAUACAGAUGGCGAGCACUACAUCGAAGAUGGUUGCAAUUCUUCCGAACGAGGGAGGGAAGAAGUUUGACACCGCGAUGCUUCUGUAUCUAGCGACCUUGGGCGGGGCAGAAGUUUGCUGUCUACAAGAUCGCAUAGGAUCAUUCAAGGAAGGCAAAGCCUUUGAUGCGCUCCUUGUCAGCGUUCGUGACGACAGUGGUAACCCGGCGAUCUGGGGCUACAAUCCGGGUCGCGAUCUCAUUGGAGACGACACUCUAAAAAGUGCCGAAAAGAUGUUGAAAGAGUGGUUGGAACGCUUCUUCUUCUGUGGUGACCACAAGAACAUCAGGCAAGUUAUUGUUCAAGGAGCAGUUAUUGGAGGACAGGAAUUCCAGGGAUAAGCCUUCGUAUAGAUAAGGCCGGUAGCAGGUAAAUUCCAAUGGAUA